CGCUCCUGUCGGCAAGUAAAGGAAGUUAUGCGCGUUUUGUUUGUAUGUUGAGGUGGUUCGCGUUUUUUUGGAAACUGCGCUGGAAAUACAUGGAUUCGCGAGAGAAAGUGAUCUGAAGAAGGCUCUCAAAGUGGGUGCUGGGCAGCCGAGGUCCCCGGUUGAGCAGUUGUCGGCAUGGUUCCGGGGAGCGAGGAGCCCUCCAGCAUUGCCAAGUUUUAUAAGGACCAGGUGGUUUUCCUCACGGGAGGCACGGGGUUCAUCGGCAAGGUUCUGCUCGAAAAGCUCCUGAGGUCAUGCUCUGGCGUGAAGCACAUAUACCUGCUGAUGCGGGGCAAGAAUGGCACGGAUCCACGUGCCAGAUUAGAAUCGGUGCUCACUUCCAAGGUGUUCGAACGUUUGAAGCAAGAACAGCCGACAGCCCUACAAAAGGUGUCCCCCAUAGCCGGAGACCUCACGCAGCCCGAUCUCGGUCUCAGUGCUGCGGAUCGGCAAACGCUCGUCGAAAACGUCUCCAUCGUCUUCCACUCUGCUGCCACCGUAAAGUUUGAUGAGCCUCUCAAACGUGCCGUUCAGCUCAACGUUCUUGGAACACGUCGUGUAGUCGACCUCUGCAAAGAGAUGCCAAAUUUACGCGUGCUUGUACACGUAUCUACAGCAUACUGUAACUGUGAUAAGGAUGAAAUAGACGAGGUGGUUUAUCCACCUCCACUAGAUCAUCGAAACAUUAUUGAAGCAGCACAGUGGAUGGAUGACACAAUGAUGAACACCAUGACACCAUUCCUACUUGGGAAAAGGCCAAACACGUAUACGCUCACUAAGGCCCUGGCCGAAUCCUUGGUGGUGGAAGAGCGGGGUCAGCUCCCCAUUGCCAUUGUACGGCCAUCUAUAGUCACUGCCUCUUGGAAAGAACCCUUCAUGGGUUGGGUGGACAACUAUAACGGCUUCACAGGCAUUAUAGUAUCAUGUGGUCUGGGAUUGCUGCGGUCCGUGAUUAUUAACCAAGAUAGUAUAGCAGACGUAGUGCCGGUGGAUAUCGUAGUAAACAUGUUGAUUUCGGUGGCAUGGCACACAGCAACACGCAGAACUGAACACGUUCGGGUGUACAACUGCACUAGCGGCAUGCUGCAGCGGCAGACAUGGGGUGAGGUCACUGCCACAACUCACGAGAUGAUCAUUCGUCACCCUCUGCCGCACGUCAUGCGGUACCCCGUAGUGUCUUUCAGCGGUAGCCCCCUGGUGCAUGACCUACGCCUCUUCUUCCUUCAUUACCUUCCUGCUCAGGCCUUUGACAUGGGGCUGAGGCUUGUCGGGAAAAAGCCCAAGCUAGUAGAGUUAUACCAUAGGGUACGAAAAGGAAUAGAUGCAGUGCAAUACUUCACAACUAAUGGAUGGCUCUUCCGUUCCAACAAUGUAGUGGCACUGGUUGAUGAACUCUCACCUACAGAUCGGCAGUUGUUCAACUUUGAUGUCAGGACAAUGCAAUGGCUCCUGUAUUGGGAGCAGUACGUCAUUGGAAUCAGGAAAUACCUAUUCAAGGAGGACGUCUCUAAACUUCCAGAAGCAAGGAAGCAUAUGAAAUGGUUAUACUUGGUGCACCUGUCCCUAAACCUGCUAACGCUAGCGUUCGUGUGGCGGUUGCUUGUUGUGCGUUCAGCAGCAGCUCGGAACCUGUGGUAUUUCAUGCUUACCUUCGUGGGAAGGCUGUACAAGAUCCUACCCAUGCUGAACCCACACUGACAACAGCAGAAGGACGUUUCGCAACUCUAUUCCACACUGUGCAGUCGUUACUCCAAAAUGGUUGCCCUGCGACAGCACCCCCUCGGCCAUGUGUCGUUCGUGUCGAGAGGAAGGUGAGACGGAAGGGGAUGUUGAAGAUGAUGAACACUGUGCUGCGCGUAUUCCAUGGCCUCUGGACACAUUUUGCACACUUCCUAUCCCGAGUGAAUUUUUUUUUUCUUUCUAUUUCUUCCUGUUUUUUUUUUUAUAUAUAUAUAAUCUGUCUCUUUAGUAAUGUCAUGGUGCUGCCUGCGAAUGGAAUUAGUUCCAAAUGGACUAAUGCUGUCGUUAAAUGAUGCAAAAUUUAUAUUUUACACAUGCAGCUCAAACUAUCUCAACUAAGAAGCAUCUCAGUGUUGCAUUUGAAGUGAAAAAAAAAAGGUCAUAGUCAUAUCUUGCAGUUUGAGAGUAAUGUGAAUACCUGUAUCUGAGACAUUUUUCUUGUCGUCAUAAUUUAUCCCACAGAAGUUACGCCGUCAGCUAAUAUUGUAGCGGCAGUUGUAAGAAACAUUGCCAAAAAAAGCAGAGAUACGAUCAUUGCCCCAGUUGGAUGUCUUUCCCCUCUUCACAAUAGCUUACUCAGUGCCACUUAGAACUAUACAGAAUGCAGCCUACUUUCAACAUCAUAGUGACAGGAUGAAUACCACUGUACAUAAAUAUACUUUUCCUAAAUGCAGGUUAUUUUUGCGGCCCAAGUUUGUUUCAAAAUGGAGCUGUCAGUCUUUUUUAAGCACCUUUUUCUAGGUCUCCGUACACCACUAACGUACAAUAGGCUACAAAUGCAGCUGCCGACUGUGGCAAAUAGUUGCAAGUGCAAAGUGACGCCAUUACCUAUCAUUCGAGCCACAAUUUUGAACCCUUUUGAAUACUAUGUACAUCAUGUUAGCAAACUUUGCCCCCCUCUUCCAGUGUAAAACACGCGUACAUAUAUGGUACGAUAUGCCAGAAUCCUAGCUAACAUUGAGUGUGUUUUACUGCAGUUUUGUACAGGUAUUUAUGUGAAGGCAGUUGCCUGCUGCAAUCAGUCGAUCAUGGAUCAUAGGCAGUACCUUAGGCGAGUCUUGGUAUUGAAUGCACCCUUGAUUCCAGACGUCAUGGAGUCAUGUUUGUGAUAACCUGUUACAGCUGUGGUUUUGCUGAUUUGCCCCAUUUUUAACAGAUCUAUUUAUGACUGUUUUUGGUUGAUUAUACAUACAUGCAUGAAUGUACAUACAUUUCCCGUCAACAACUGCAUUUUUUUUAUUGUUUGCAGUAGUUCUCACUGCCUUUAUUUUUGUUCAAGUCAUUAUAUAUCUUAGGUCAGCUGUACAUGAAUUGCAACACACUAUUAUGGAUAGUGGUAGAGAUGAGGCAGCGCUAAUACGUGUUUCUUAGAGCAUAAGUACUUUAUGAUUUUAAUAUGAAUAAAUUAAGCUCUCUGGGUGCUUCUUAUUGUAAAACAAAGUUGAUUAUGACAUUAAGAAGAGGGAAAAACUUCGAAUCUGUCUGUUACUAACCUCAGGGUUAAGGAACGGUGGAACAUCAGUAUUGCACACAGCACAGGGAAAGCGCAACACAGCUAUAAAAGUACAGAUCCAAUGUUUUUCGAUAUAAGAGAACAUAAUCUGAACACCACAGUAACCGCCAGCUAUCUUGUAUCAAUGAUAAUAUUUAAUGCUGCUAAAACAUCCCUUCCUGACACUCAUUUGACUGGAUUAGUACAUUAUUUUCUCUACUUGAUAUUGGGGUGUCGGCUAAAAUUAUGAAACGAAAUUUGUCUAAGAUAUGUCUGAUAAUGUACAACACAUUAUACUGCGCAUACCAAGUGAAGAUAUGUGACACUCUCCAGUUUUGAUCUACUAAAUAGACAAUCCCCACUUUAGGAAAGCCCGAUUACCCAUGAUUCCUUGUGGUAACAUAAACUCUGGAAAUGGUAUAUGAAUCCACUCAGAAAUAAAAAUAGCGGUACUCGUAAUUUUAAAAAGAAAAAGACUGCGUUCUUCCAUGAAAUGGAAAAGGCAAGAAAUGCAAAAAAUAAAAAAAAAUGACAAACACACAAACACAACAGGCAUUUGACUAUUAACAUGCUUUCUAUUCCGAAGCGUGCUUUAUAAGCAACCACAUUACAUUAUAUAAUUGGGGUUUUAAGCAACGAGACAACUGAGAUCAUGAGCGACGCCACAGCGGUCGGUCUGUGGAUUGCUUUUGCCCACCUGAGGAUUCUUUUAACGUGCGAUAAAAGCUCACCACAGGCACCCCGUAUUUAACGUCCCUCGGUGAAGACAGCGACCACACUACACGUUUUUGUUCUAACACAAACAGCCCUUGUCAUCCGGUUCCUAUUCCCUACGUAUACCCUAAGCAGAUGUUAAGCACUUGACACAACAGAAUUUCAGUUUUGGCCGGGAUAUGUGUGAAGGUUGGCACAGUGCCCUGCCUGUAAACUAAUUUAUGUACUUUCACAAAGCAGUCCUCUAUGCCAAUGUCCUAACUACGUUUGCUUUGAAGACAGACAUAGAUUACACGACCGGAAACGUGCAUCCAUUUGUUUCACAGUGUGGCUUAUUCCAGUGGCUCUGUUUCGUAUUUAUGUUAUCAGGUUUUCUUAUUCAUAACACAAUUUGUGCCAAUACUUCCGCUGUUGAUAUUUUUACAAAUAGACACAAGCUCAAAAGCAGUGAAUUGUGGUGCGUAAGAUUGUACAAGUUGCGGUGCACAUUUUUGAGACAGCAGUGUUGUUAAAACUUAUGGUAUUAAGGAAUGUUUAGAACGUGUUCCAUGUACUGCAGCAGUAUCAGGCAGAAAGUCUAGAAAUACAGUGAAUGGAUCGUAUAUCGCUCCGAGGUGAAAAAUGUUGCAUGUGGAAUCCCUUGCAAGUGGUUUAUGAACUGGGCUAGAUUUAAUGCACUGUGAGCACCUUAGGACCAUAUUCUUAAACGAUCCUUCACUCGACCUUCAACAUGUGCUGCUCCUCAAGACCGGUUUUGUGCCUCAAAAAUUGACCGUGACUGGAAAACUCUCCCCCCCACCACCCCCACCACCCCCCACCGAGCAGAAGAAAUCCUUGCCGCUUUCCUCAAAGUCAAAUGCCUCCUCCUCACGUAAAGGAGCGAUUCUUUCCUCCACUCACUGUAGUUGAGGCAGUGUGUCGAAUUGAGGAUCGUUUAAGAAUACGGCCGUUAGUCUAAAAAUGUAUCGCCCAUUUCUUGACAGAUUGCCACGUACAAUUUACAAUUUGUGCUGGGACUACCGUAUUUACUUGCACAAUUAACACUCCCUCAUUAAAAAAGUACACUCCCAACUUCGGCACCCAAACGUUGGUACUUUUUCCUACGUGUUUGACACGUUCCAACCUUAGCAGCUGCAGCGUAAAUAACGCGACCGCUCUGCGGCGCUACAAUUGUGGGUUUGGUGUUAAUUAUGUGAGUAAAUAUGGAAUUUCACUCGAUGGAUGUUUUAAUGUAAAUAGCAGUUCCCCUUACCAACGGGCCCUAGCGAGCCCAAAGUUUGAGCAUUCUUAAAACGUGCAUGUUUAUUAAGUAGUAGCGAAGUAGUUAUUUGAUUGUCUUUGCUACGAAACGGUGCAAGCUGUGGAAUUUACUAACUGCCACUGCCCACGAGCAAGUGUCCAGAUAGCUUCUUACAAUUAAUUUCACUCUUUCUCCACACAUGUUAUCUUCUCUUCUUUUUUUUUUUUUUAUGUACCGUCGUUAAUUCUGUCCUGUUUGGUGCGAAAGGUUAAACGGUUGUGGAAUCAGUGUCGCACAUUCCAAAAAUUAUGUGGAGGUUCAUGUGCAGAUGCUAUGCAGCAUCACUGCACAUACAACGUGCGGUGGUCCCAGCCUAACUCCACGAAGGCUGAUGGGACGUUAAAGUAUGCGACUCGUGUGAUUACAACUACACCUUGGUAGUAACAUCACAACGCGUAUGUUGAUUGUUUAAAAGCAAUCGUGGUUAUUGAAUUCGGAGGGAUCACAGCGAGUUCUGUAACGUCGAUUGAUCGGUCUGGGACUGCCACUGACGCACCAGCCUGCUGUUGGGCUAUGGGCCAGUACAAGACAAGCAUUAGAAUGUGCUUUUCAACAGAACGUCGUAUUUCACCACAUCACCUAAAACCGUUGAGGCAUGAUACAUUAGGGGUGGUGAUAGUGCAUGUGUUGUGUGUAACCCAAAGUAUAAUUGUUCAGAAUCUGUACAACGAAACAGAGCCUGCGGACAGCAUAGUUGACCACCUUUAUUGUAUAUCAAUGACCACUUAGCUGCACCAUCAUCACCCCCUAUGCAAGCAUAGUACCCCGAAUGAGUCUGCAUUCGUUCCUUUGGACAUUCGGAAACCUUGACAUACUGUAAACCUUCAAACUCGUACCUUGAUCUUGCAGACGUGUGUUGUGCGUCGUUACUUAGGGGGCAGAGUAGCCAGCGUCUGUCCGAUGCAGUAGAGUGUUUCCCACCCAAUCCUUCCAAGUUUGGGUAAAAAGCGCACGCAGGGUGAUGAACUUGUCUUUAGAGGGAAUGAAUUUAUCCUUUGCCAAGCCACUAUAGUGUGAGAAUGUUGGAAAAAUUAGGAAUGGAUGAGAAUGGUGCACGGAAAUCUAGUCCACUUCCGCGAAGAACAAGACUUAGUAUUUGUAUAAACUACCCUUACAGUCCCACCUGCUUCUGUCUCUGUCACUCGUACCUAGAUUGCUAGCAGUGUUGACAGGGGCACAUGUAUGUAUCAUAGAUUUCAAUAUGAACUUUGAAUAUCUCGAAGCAGCUCAAAAUAAAAAUUUCUCGAUGAGCAACA